AUGGCUCCCUCCAAUAAUCCCGAGCUCGAGAUGGGCCAGGUCUUUGAUGUCAAGGACAAGGUCGCCUUGGUCACCGGAGGAGGCUCUGGUAUCGGACUCAUGAUCACCCAGACGUUGGCUGUUAAUGGUGCCAAGGUAUACAUUGUCGGCAGGACGGAAGAGAAGCUUGAGAAGGUCGUUGAGGCACAUGGACAAAACAUUUCGGGACAAAUCAUUCCAAUUGUCGGUGAUGUCAGCACGAAAGAGGGUGUAUCUAAGAUCAAGAAGGAGAUUGAGUCAAAGGAAAAGUGUCUAUGCAUCCUAGUAAACAAUGCUGGAAUUGCGCCGGAAAAGACUGAAGUUAAGGGAAGCUCAGAAGAGCUGGUCGAGAAGCUCUUCGAUGGCACUACCGAAAAGGAGUGGCUCGACGUUUACCAAACCAAUGUCGUUGGCCCAUUCCUUAUGAGCACAGCCUUCCUUCCUCUCCUGGAAAAGGCUACGGAGACACAUAAGGGAUACUCCGGAACCAUCAUCAACAUCAGCUCCAUCUCUGGUCACAUCCGCAUUUCACAGGGCCAUUUUGCCUACAAUAGCAGCAAGGGCGCCACCAUCCAUCUAAACAAGAUGCUUGCCUCUGAGAUUGCAAAGAACGGCAUCAAAGUUCGUGUCAACUCGAUCGCCCCUGGUGUUUUCCCUUCGGAGAUGACUACCCAGGAGAGCCGAGACGACAACCAGAAGAGCGAAAUGCCCAAGGAGCACAAGCAGGGUCUUCCUGCCCAGCGUCCUGGAAAGGACCAGGACAUGGCCGCUGCUAUCCUAUUCGCUGUUGGCUGUCAGUAUCUCAACGGCCAGACCAUCACUGUGGACGGCGGCUAUGCCAUUCAGGUCGGCAACUAA